UGAUUUGGAUGCUGGGGUCGCACUGCCAGUGCUCGCAAGUAGUUGGGGGCGUGCGACGGAGCUGCACGGAUUGAGGGGUUUACGGAUGGGCGCUUCCUUGCAGGUUUCUUCCCAUGUCUGUCCUGUAUUUGAUCUGUGAUUUGGAUGGCGUGGUUUUCACCUUCACGGCCUCCGAUGGCACCUGGGAGUUCUCCAGAUUAUCGAAGUUUCAUCACGACAACGGCAAGGACCGUUUCGUCUUCCGCGAGGCGGGUGAGGGAAAUUCCACUAGAUGGGUCCUGGAAAGCCAAUCUGGCCAGGCCAAGGUCUUUGGGACUCCAAAGUACUCGGGCCAUGGGCCCCCCUUUCGUGGCAAGCCGUCCCCUCCCAGAGGGAUGUGGACGGUUUGGGGCUGCCCCUUUGUGUUGUCUGACAUCCCGCCGCAGCACGCAGCGAUCGAGUCGCCCUUCACCUUUCAGGUGCCAUUUGCCCAGAUGAGCUUUCAUGAAGAGGGCCACACGGGGUACUUGGACAUCGAGGUGAACAACGCACCCAUCGAGGAUGGACCAUUGGAUGAGAUCCUGGAACAACUCAGGCGUGUGUUGGUGAACCUGGCGCAGCGACCCGAGAUGGUGCUGCUGCUCCGCACCGACGCACGGGCCGCCUCGAUGCCCUCGAUGCGUCACGUGCGGAAGUUCCUCUCCUUCAUUCAAAAGGAGGUGGGCACCGAAUGCGUGCUGGUGGGCCGAGGGAGUGCGAUCGUCCUGGUGCCCAGCAGCUUCUUGGGCCAAGCGGUUUUGCGCUUGGUGCAGCUAGUUCAGCGGAUGCUGCCCGCGCCCUACCCACAAGCUAUUGUGAGCAGCUUGGAAGAGGCUGACCGUUUUUUGAACUCCCUCGUUGUCGAGGAUCAGCUCCCGGGCCAGGAAGAGGUGGCCGACCUCAACAAUCAGGACUUGGAGCUUAAGCCUGACAAGCUACACCCGAAGGUCUCCUCUAGCAUUGCUGCGGCCUUGCAUGGAGAGCUGGAAGGAUUGGCGCUCGAGAUGUGUGAUUUGCCGACGCCCCAGCGGAAGCGGCGGCGGACGCAGGGUGAGGUGUCCGAUGAUGAAGGCGAUGUGGUCAUCCUUGACACUGCCACCGUGCCCUGCGAGGUGUGCGGAGCGAACGUGGCCUUCGAGCACUUCAUGACGCACCUGGCGACCCACGAGGCUGCCAAGAUGCCAGACACCGAUGACUUGGAAGAGAUUGAGUGUGAAGUUUGUGGGAAGUGGGUGCUCUUCAGGCAUUUCAUGGAGCACUCCCAACUCCACAGUGCAUCGUCAUCUUCAUCAAAGGAGCCGCAGAUCCCAUGUGAGGUCUGUGGUGUUCUGUUUGCUGCGUCAGACUUGGCAGAUCACAAGGCUGCGCACCAGAUGCAUGAGAAGAUGCUGGAUGAAGACCUGAAGAGUUCAACGUCAGAAGUGGACAUUACGGCGCAGAUCGUGGAGAUGGCGCGCUCGGGCGGCUCGGGCUUGCCGGGGAAUCGCAGCGUCAUGGGCGAAGGAGAUCCAGUGCUGGUGCGUUGGUCCGACGGCCAUUGA